AUGUCCCUCGAUGCUUUUGAGCUACUUAAUAAACUUGGAGAUGGAGCGUUUUCAAGUGUCUUCAAGGUGAGAAGGAAAUCAGACGGUGAAAUAUAUGCAAUCAAAAAAGUAAAACUUGGGACUUUGAAACCUAGAGAAAAAGAAAAUGCGCUGAACGAAGUCCGCAUCAUGGCUUCUUAUAACCAUCCCAAUAUAACUGCUUUUAAAGAAGCCUUCAUCGAUCAAGCUUCCAAUACACUUUGUAUCGUUAUGGAAUUAUGCGAGGGAGGGGACAUCCUCAAGAAAAUAAACACCCAUAAGCAGAAUGGUACUCACUUCAGGGAAUCUGAAAUCUGGGACGUCCUAGUCCAAGUCAUCAGAGGCUUAAAAGCCCUUCAUGAUGCCAACAUAUUGCAUAGAGAUUUGAAAUGUGCCAAUAUUUUCCUUACCAAUACUGGGGUAGUUAAAUUAGGUGAUCUUAAUAUUUCAAAAGUACUGAAAAGGGGCAUGGCCCAAACUCAAACAGGGACUCCUUAUUAUGCAAGCCCAGAAAUCUGAAAAGACCAGCCUUAUAACUCCAGCUCUGAUAUUUGGUCGGUAGGCUGUGUUAUUUAUGAAAUGGCUGCUUUGAAUCCUCCAUUCAUGGCUAACGAUAUGCAAGGACUUUAUAACAAAGUCAUCAAAGGACUAUACCCGAACAUACCUUCAACUUAUUCACAAGACCUGGCUAAUAUAAUCAGGUCAAUGCUUCAGGUAAACCCAUCUGUCAGACCAUCCUGUGCAACGAUUUUAGAAAUGCCUCCUGUGCUGAGACAUAUAAAUCCAGGCAGGAUCUCUCAAGAGGAAGAAAAAAAUCAGCUGCUAAAUACCAUAAAAUUUGACCCAAAUGCACAAAUUUUGAAUAAGAAAUUACCUGACUCCCCCCCCUCCUCCGUGAGUGAACAAAACCAUUAGAAAAAUCGCUAUUUUUUGCCCAAAAACACACCUCCGUAAGUGAACAAAAUUUUUUAUCGAAAAAAUUUUUGAUAUAUAAAUGAUAGUUAGUAUAAUGAAAUCUAGAGCUAAUUCUGUUUAAUUUUAAAAAGAAUUGCGUUUUUAAAACAUAAAUUUUAUAAAUUAAAUUAAUAUUUGCUUUCCAAUUUUUGCGAAUUAGGAUUUUUUAAAAUUUCGAAAAAAAAUAUUUUUAUAAAAUUUAUAUAUAAUUUUUUUUUUAAAAAAAAAAAUUAACCCCCCUCCGUGAGUGAACAAAAAUUUUUUUGUUCACUCACGGAUGGGGGGGAGUGAGGCAAAUUAUGAGAAAAAAGAAAGGGUGGGGAGUGCUGGACCUUCAAAAAAGAUGCUGGAUCAGAGAGGAAGGGUUUCGAGUGCAAAAGGAGAGAGACCGGCUAUUAAUGAACUGCAGAUGAUGCAAGAAAUGCUGAUAAACCCGCGGCCAAAUAUAAACAACAGAGAUGCACUUGAUAAUCGGCAGAUAAGGCCAAUGCCAAGACAAGAACCUGACUAUCGAGGCCCUAAAAUUGCUCCAAGACCUGAAGUGAAAGAAAUUUACGAUCCAAGGUAUCAGCGGCCUAAUCAGCACCCGUUAGCCCCUCCAGAGCCACAUCCAAUGUAUCGAAUCCCUUCAAAACAGUCUCCAAGCCAAUACAACCAAAGACGGCCCGUUGACCCAUUUUUGCAGCCCCAGCCUGACCUCCAGCCCCAAAGAGUAGGUGCCUUUGUACUCGACAGUCCGUCACACAGACAAGAACAAAUUCCAGAUUACAGAAACCAAAUAAGACAGUACGAUAAAGUGCCUUCUAACGACAGAAGAUAUAAUCCAAUGCCAAGAUAUGACGCUGGAAGGCCUGGAUAUUAA